GGGUAGCCCUAACUUUACUUGCGCCGACUAGAGGGUAGUUAUUAACUCAGACUGUCAGUUCCGAAAUACACACGGUUAAGCUAGCUUGGUGUUUCAUUACUGCUCCUAGAAAUACACUAAGAACCUAGUUACUAUCUCCGGGCUACAUACACAACAACUGGCGACGAGUCGUGAUCAAACCAACGUGUGCGCGAACGUGGUGAAGUGAUACCUUGUGCGAACAGGAUGGCGAAAAUGACCGUGGGCAAGAUGGACGCGUUUGACCGGCACAAGGACAAUUGGGCGACUUAUAUAGACAGGCUGGAGCAGUACUUUAUUGUUAAUGACGUGCAAGAUGGACGUAAAGUACCAUUAUUAAUUACUGCGAUGGGCGCAGAUAGCUACGAUUUAUUGGUGACUUUGUGUACUCCAACUAAGCCAUCAGAAAAAACCUAUAAAGAGCUUAUCAAAAUUAUGUCAGAUCAUCUGCAGCCACAGCCGAGUGUUUUAGCCGAAAGAUAUAAAUUUAGGCAACGCAAGCAAUUAAAACAUGAAUCGAUAGCGGAUUUCAUUGCGGACUUGCAAAGGCUUACCAAGUACUGUGAUUUUGGUACCUGGUUGGAUGAUAGCUUGCGAGAUCAAUUGGUAUGUGGUCUAUAUAAUGAAACAAUUCGACUACGAUUAUUUACGGAAAAGGAUUUGAAGUUUGCUAAGGCUAAGGAUUUGGCGAUAGCGUUGGAAGCAGCAGAGGUUAAUGCGGCGGCGGUGGAAAGUCGAGGUCGUGCAUCAGGAAACGACGCCACGGCGCCAUGUUUUUCUAUAGGCUACGAGAAAAAAACUAGUUUCAAGACGCCAUUACGGAACACCCGAAGUUACCCGAGGCGCGACGAGCCGACGAAGGCGGUGAACAACGAAGUUAACCGAGGGAGACCGAACGGACAGCGGCCGAGCAAUACCUACCGGGGACAGGUGACGUCGAGAUCAGCUGACGGCAACCGCGCGCAAUUAGGUCAAGGUCAAGGAACGUGCUCGGCGUGUGGAGGUGCGCAUGCGGUUCAGACAUGCAAAUUUCGACUUUAUGUUUGCCGGGUUUGUAAUCAGGACGGGCACUUGAAGAAAAUGUGCCCGAGGCUAACGAAAGUUAACUACGUGGAAAAUGAGUAUUCGGAAGAGGAAACUUAUGACUUAGAGUUCCAGGUUUAAAAAUGUGUUCUCGGAGGGCCUGGGGAGGUACAACGGCGGGCUAGUGUCACUGCGAGUGCG